AUUGAACCAGUCAGCACCAGAGAACGUGCGGUGGAAGUUGGCUGUGCAGAGCUUGUCAUUUAUUGUUUGCUCAUCUUUUUCUUUCAAAGCAAGUGCUCGAAAUGAGUUUUGAGUGAAACAUUGGAAGCCAUUGAUCUGCGAGGAGCCGCGGUGGGUGUCUGCUGAGUGCACUGGAACUAUUCACCACGACUCACAAAGUUGUCUCUGUCCUGUCUUCAGUAGCACGAAGACACGCUUGCACUGUGCUGAUGUGCUGACCGCAGUUUCCUGUCACUCAACCGAAGACAGCAGCAGGUGCCUGCAGAACUGCAAGGACUGAGCCGCUCCACACCAACAGAUGUGAUACACUUCCAAGACUGAAAUCGUUCUCAAGACAGGGGGCUAUAAGCACUCAAUGGCGUCAUGAAAGAGGUUCUGGGUUUGUCUUCUCACGACCCCAACUGAUCCUGCUUUUCAGUUGGAAUCUGACGGAGAUAUUCAAAGUUAUUGGGUGGUACUUUGGACACAGUCACCAUAUCUGACAAUGGACCUUCACCUUCUGCGCACACCAGCGAGUCCAUUCAAUAAUGGAGAGCGCUUCACGGUCAGAUCAGCUAGCUCACCAUCAUAUGGACUCACCCGCAGGUCUGGUAUCAGGAAAGCCAGAGCACCCUCUCAAGAGGAGAAAGCUGGGGACCGUAGAGCAGUGGGAGAGAUUCAUGCUGAUGUGACCGCAACGGCACAUUACUGUGCGGUCGCUGGAAAACCAAGCAGCCCGAGGGGAUCCAUGAGUGCCACGGUCCAGCAGGAAGGGAGCGACAAGUCUGGCUGUCUGAAGGCUACAAAUAUCACUUGGAGUGGAUCAGCAGACAAGACUAGCAAAGACGUAAACACUGACCUCAGUAACGGCCCUCAGAAUGUGAGGGGAAGGGCCGACUGGAGGAGUUUCAACAUAUCAAGCAGGAGCAAGAGUUUGGACUGGAGGACAGGGUCCAAAAGCCCCGAUCGAUUCUCAAGACUGACAGACAAGUCUGUGUCAGCGAGUGAUCAAUACGACCUCCGAGGAAGAGAUGUCAACGCCUCAAGAGGGAGAGUGGUGUCCUCUAUUGAGACGUUCAACUCUUCGCGAGAGAGUGUUUUUCUACCCCGCAGUCCGACGGCGCGAUCCUUCGACAUGCUUAGUCGGGGUCACUCUGUUCCAACCAGGCUCAAGUCGCCAAGUCAGUCUGUUUUCAGGAGUAAUUCUUCACUGGGGACGAGAGGAGGCCAGAGUAUAUUGGAACGAAUAGAGAAACUCUAUGGUGCUAAUGCUGGUAAAAUGGAGGAGGACAGCAGGUUCAGAGAUUUCUCAGGGUCUGACUCUAAAGGACAGAGCUCGGCGUUCCAUUUUGAAGGAUUUAUCGGCGACUCCUACCGUGCUCCGAGGCGGAGGUCAUUGGAGGUGACGCACGGAACCUUCCCCAGACGACUGUCCACAGAGAGGGACGUCCAAAGCUCAAUUCCGAGCAGAAACUUUCUUACAUUGACGCCACACAUGGACGCGCACAGAUAUAGUUUUGACUCUUCGCUUUCUCUGCGGGGAAGAGGCGUCUCAGAGAGAGCUCCGGAGUACCAAAGCCACAUGUUCACUAAGUACCCGUGGGAUGACGCAGUUAAAGGGGAUGGCGUGUUUAUCAAGACAGGAACUCAGUCUUUGGAUCGGGCCAGAAGUCGGAACACAAUUGCAGGGCAGAUUCGAUCAGCAAGAGCUUCCAACAGAUUCACUUUUCCUCAGCCUGCAUUCGAUGACACUUCUUCCAAAUCUUUUGUAGCACCCAGCGCGGUUUCUAUAAACAGUACCACCAGGCCAGGUAACGUGGAAACCAAGACGGAAAAAGUUAGAGACCAACUGGAGGGUAAGAGUGCAAAAACAGAUCUAAUCCGAAACACUGAGCCACGGUUCAGUAGCACAGACGAUGUCUUUGAAUCUGAAACUCAAAACAGAGAACUGAAACCUUUGCGUCGAAAAGCAUUCUCCGUGAAGACAGAUUUUAACUCUGCUGCGAGCGUAAGAAAUAAGAUCAACCAGUUUGAAGCGAUGACACAGAGAGGAUCGGGGCAGGGCUUGAUGCAAAGGCGGGCGUUUUCGGUGCCGACACAACACAACGGCAACCAUGAUGGGGUGAAGAAGAGUGGGUCAGUCAAGGCAAUAGAUUGUCUGAGGGACAAAUGGGAGGGGCUUGCAGAAGGACGAGAGGCUGGUAACAAACCAGAGGAAAAGGCUGCAAGUGAAGAGACAAAGCUAAAGUCAGAGAAGGGAGAAGAGGCCAGCCAUGGUCCAACUGAUGAAAAUAUUGUGGUAUGUUCUGAACAGAAGCAGGGACUUGACAUUCCACUGAAUAACAGCACUCAAGAUGGACAAAUGGACGAGGCAGAUUUCUCAAAAGCCUCGAGCCCUGCUGAUGAUCGGGUUGUGAUCACAACUGGUUCUCCCGUUCAGGGAGCAGGUGUGGCAAAGCAACCCGCUGAAGUGACCUCGCCCAGUUCCGACCUGGACAAGACUCCGACAAACACGCCAAAGCUCUCACCUACUCUUUCAGCAGACAAAGCUGUAGCCUCCGCUUUCACAAACAACCAGAGCUCAUUUACUUUCCCAGAGUCACAUGACUCUCCGGCUCCCCUGCACCCACUUGCCGCUUCGUCUCGCAGCAACAUCCCUGAACUGAUUUCUCCAGAAAGAGAACCAACUGCAUCCAAACCUCUGUCCGAUUUGGAGACUUGGGUGUCCAACUGGAACUCUGAGAUCAAGGUCUGGAAUGAUGACGACACUGAUGAUGAUGAAAGCACACAAAAAGACGGGGAUUCAAACUAUGAUUCCGACUCUGGAGAGUCGUCCAUCACCAUCACCAGCAACAUAAGCCAGUCGGAUAACCGGAGCUUCAGUGUCAGUUUGUCUGACCUUUAUAGCUUCGCUGGUGUGGACUGUGAAUCGGAGAACGAUAGUGAGGAGUGGAAGUCGGUCGGUCGUCGCUCAGCGUCGUUGAGCUCGGACAUGUCAGCUCUGUCGUACGUGUCUGUGCUGCCCACCGAAGAGCUGGACAGGCUGAUUGAAGACGUCAAAGGUCUGGGAGAGAACAGCCUUCAGGACGAUGUGCAUGUGGUAGUUCUCCACAAGGAUGUUGGUGUGGGGCUGGGCUUCAGUCUGGCAGGAGGGGUGGACCAGAACAAACCAGUCACAGUUCACAGGGUGUUUCACACAGGUGUGGCAGCACAGGAAGGCUCAGUACAAGAAGGGGACCAGGUUUUGUCCAUCAAUGGAACUGCACUGAGUGGAUGCGCCCACUGGGAGGCGCUGAGGGUUCUGAGAAGAGCAAAGGCUCGAGAGAUGGGUGUGGUGGUUCUGAGGAAGGGAGGCAGCGUGAAGAAGGGGAUUCAGGCUAAACCUCAGGGGCCAGCGGAGACUAGCCCCAUGGAGAUCGCUCAGCAGGUCUGUGUGCGUCUGGAGAAGAACAACCGAGACUUGGGCUUCAGUCUAGAGGGUGGAUCCGGGCUGGAGAACCGGCCACUGACUGUGCAGAAGAUCUUUCAGGGCGGACCAUUCGACAAGGUCUACCCUGGGGAUGAAUUGCUGGAGGUGGAAGGGGUGAGCAUGGUCGGCAUGAGACGCCUGGAGGCUUGGACACUCAUCAGAAGGCUUCCUCCGGGUCCUGUGGACGUCGUUCUCUCUCGACCAAUGAAAAGGCAGGAAAUAUAAAGAGCGACAUGUACACCUUCAGAGCAACGACUGACCAGUGGAGCCCAAAGAACUGUGCCAUUUGUAAAUAGCUGAAUUUCCACGUCCCGUUGGCAUAUAGCUGCUCGGAUGAAAGACGUUUUUUACUGUGUAUCCACUGAAAGAAGUGUGUAAAUAUGUAGCUACCUCUAUUUAUUAACUGGCCAAAUUCCAAAUGCACUGAUUUUAAUGUAAAUGCAAAGCAGCUCCACGACUGGAUAUUUGAUGUUUUUAUCGGACGCCGCCACCUGUGUUGUUUUUAAAUUAAAACCUGACUUCAACAAGUGUGUUCUCUCUGCCAUGUUCCGCCUCUUCACUUUUCAUGUUUGAUAUUCUUCCACAGGACGGUAUGUUUUGUUUUCAGCCGACACAGCUGGUUCAAGGGUUGCGUAACCCCCCUGACUCCAGAGUCCGCAGUCAAGUCCCAACUUCUAAUGAUUAGAAAGACUGACGUCGCACCAAUGCGUCUGUUGUGUUGACGCAACCGUAGCGUAUUCGAUAUGUACUGUUGGGUUUUUGAAAUUGAGAUACCAUGAGGCGAACAAAGGUGGCCACCUUUUCAUGUAGUUGUAGUAAAACAUGCCCUUGGCAUUGAAAUGAUUGAAAACACAGUCCAGCUGCUUAGUCAAUAUUUGGAAAUGAUGUCAGACUAGUAAUAAUCAGUGACUUUUUUAAAAUGUGGCUAUGUCAAAUUGAAAAUAUAAGAGAAAAAUACCAGCAUUUAAAUUCUAGCUUCAAUAAUCAUUAAGUUUAAAAUGUUGCAUUGUUUGGCUAUAAGUUCAGAAUCAUUUCAGUUCUUGAUUAUGAUGUCAAAUGGAGAUGAUAUCACUUUUCUGCGAUCAAUAUUUCUAUGUAAUUUUCCCACCUCUGUAUUGUGGUGAGUGAAAGUAUAAACG